AUGUCAACAUUUAAUUUAUUCAGUAAUAACAAUGGAAUUGGCGAUGGAAUGACCAAAAAAGAUAAGGACAAGGAAAAGAAGGAUAAAAAAGAGAAAAAGGACAGGGAAAAGUCAGAGAAGAAAUUAAAGCGUGAACCUUCGAAACCCACCAUGUUUCCAAGAUUUUUUUCAUCGAAAUCCAACAAUUCCGGCAACAACAACAAUAUCCAACAGUCACCUGCAAUUAACAGUACCGCAAUGAAUCACUCUCAAUCCUAUGAAGAGAUGUCAAUUACCAACUCUGCAUCAAAUUCAAACACUGAUCUUUCAGAGUCAUCAACCAACAAUACCAACAUUAACAAUCCAACAACAUCAACAACAACAAAUUCUGAAAGUUAUCCAAUUCAAAAUGAUAAUAAUAAUAAUAUUAAUAAUAAUGGUGAUUUAAAUUAUAAUAAUAACAAUACCAAUAAUAAUAAUACUAAUAACAAUAACAAUAAUAACAAUGUUAGUUAUUCUCUGAGUGGAAUAACAAGUGUUGGUGGUGGAAGAUUGAAUCAUGUUGCAACGAUAACCAAUGGAACAGUCUCUGCAACCUACAUGAAUAAUACAUAUAAAUUGCAAUCGACCAUAACGGAAUCCGACAAUUCCAUUGACUCUGUCAAUCAAACACCACAAUCAUCAAUAUCGACAUCAUCGUCAUCGUCAUCGCUACGCUCCAGCAGCGCCAACAGUCUCAACCAACGAUCAUCUUCAUUCUCCUCACAGCAAUCCAACACCUUUGCAAUACCAUUCACAAAGUUGACUCAAUCCACUGAUAUGCCAACAAAUAACAACAACAACAACAAAAAUGUAAUAUUAAACUCAUCUAAUGAUUCAUCUAACAACAACAGUAGUAGUAGUAAUAACAAUAGUAAUAGAUCGACUCUCAAAAAAUCAUCAAAUAAAAUCAAAAAGAUAUAUAAUUCACUGCGCUUUACGUUGAGAGGUGGUGAGAAGUCGAGCAGUCAUCCCUACCAGUCGAGCGGUGUCAACGAUUUGUCGUCGAGUUCAGGCAGCAUCGGUCACAUGACUAAAUCAUCGUCACAAUUCGACUUUGCAGUGCCACUGCCGCUCUUUGACCAGCAAUUCCCAUCGAUCAUACAGUUUAUCAACUCACAGAACAGCAGCAGUAGCAGUAACAAUAACAACAGCAACGACAAUCUCUACUUUGGUGUACCACUGGCGCAUCUCUCGAAACGACAAGACAACGGAACAGGUCUACCUAUUCUAGUUGAGAAAUGUAUAUCUUUCCUUGAAGGUUAUGUUAAUGUUGAAGCAUUAUUCAAGAAUAAGUUUGAUAUGCAAAAAGUACAGUCAUUGAAACAUCAAUUUGAUACGGUCGGUGAUGCCAAUUUCUUCUACCCAGAACACCAAGAUCCAAACGAUGUAGCGGCAUUGUUAAUAGAAUUCAUCAGUUCAUUACCAGAUGAAUUGUUAAACAUUGAGUUGUAUCAAGCUGUUAUAAGUCAUACAAAUGCUUUGAAAUCUGAAUAUGGUGGAUAUUGGGAUAUACAGUACAUGGUUAGUAAACUGCAAAGAGAGGCUAGAGAGACAGUUCAGAGAUUGUUAGCAUUCCUCAAGCAAUUGGUAUCACACUCACCAUCGCCACAGACAUGUUUAGAUCAACUGUCUGCUUUAUUCACACCGCUACUCGUCAAUCACAAGUCACAUCUAAUCUUACAGCCUGCAACCAAUAUAUUAAUUGAAAGAUUCGAAGAUCUAUUCAUAGAUAAUGAUAAUAGACCAACGACAUUGGCAAGUGAAUUUAUAAUGUUACAAAUAGAGAAAGUACUGAUACCUUCGAACAACUUGAGAAUCGUAAAUGAUCAAAAGUCAAGUCUCGAGGUUACAGGCUGGGAAACUGGUACACUCUAUGUCACCAACUACAGAUUGAUGUGGAUAAAGACAGAGGAUGAUAGCGGACACUAUCUACUGCCUGAAGACUACGAUCGUAACAAACAGGAGAUGCAUAUCAAACCCUAUCAAAUAGAGAUUGUACUUACAUCCUCUAUCAAAUGGGAACACGUUGGAAAGUCAUCGUCAUCAUCAUCGUCGUCAUCGAAAUCAUCAAAAUCAAACAAGAUUCAAUCUUUUAUCUAUUUAUUAUAUUGUAAAGAUAUGAGAUUCCAAUACUUUGCAUUCCCAGAUGAUUUCAAUAUGGAUAGAUUCAAUUUGAUAUUGGCAUACUAUAUGAAUCCAGUCAGUGACUUUGGUAGAUUCUUUGCGUUUGUCAAUCAAGAGAUACUCACCACCGAAGAGAAUCAAGAAGGCUGGGAAAUCUACUGUCCAACCAAAGAAGCUGCAAGACAAAAGAUUGAUUUAACAAAAGAAUGGAAGAUAUUUAAUUUUACAAAUAAAGAAAGUAUAUCACCAAAGAGAGUUGUAUUACCGAAUAGAGUAGGUGAGGAACUGCUGCAAUCGUAUGCCAAGAAGAAGAUUCCGGUGUUCAGUUGGAUACAUCCUUAUAGACGAUCAAUGUUGUUCCGACCGAGUGUUCAGAGUGGUGCACCACCACCUUCGAUCGGCGGUAGUUUGACUUCGUCCGGUGGUAUCUCGAUGAGUACAACCAAUGCCAGUGUGCAAUCGUUGCAAGGAUCGACACAAGGCGUCAGUUCUCUAGGUGGCAGUCUCAGUUCAUCCACCGAGGAAGGUUCACUCCAACAAUCGCCACACAAGAAGCGUUCCGCUCUCGACAAAACAUUCUCACCGCGAACACUCAACAAAUCACUGUCGUCCAAGAACAAAAAGGAUAUUUCAUUCACGAAACUACCGACUUCAACAACAAUACUAACUGAUUCCGUAGAUAUUAUGUUGUAUCAACAAUUUGUAAAUAGUGAUAACGUUGGCAGUAGUAAUAAUAAUGGAGGAGGAUCACCUUCUUUACUUUCACAAUCUGGAAAUAAUUCACCGGUAUUUGGAUCAGCACAAAGUGGAAAUAGUAGUAGUAUGCAUACUCCACCUUCGCCAGGUGGAAAACGUAGAGUCGAAGCAUCGAUUGUCUUUACCAACAAGUUGGAUAUCAAUUUCGUGUCGGUCUACGAUCAGUUCAAGUUGAAUUCAAACAUUGUGUUCUUGGGUGUGGCGCCACGCGAAGAGGUCGAACAACACUGGUUCGAACUGUACCGUUCGAUCAAUAUGUUUGAUGGCAGUUCAGAGGCAUGGCGAUCCAUUGAGGAGUCGGGCUGGGUAGAGUCGGUGCGUCAGUUGAUCGAGGGCAGUGCGCGAAUCAGCACGAUCCUCGAGGAGGGAACAUCGGUCCUUGUGAAACCAUCGAUCGAAUCGAACCUGCAUACAUUCGACGUGGCACGUCUCACUUCGAUCGUCCAAGUGAUGUUGGAUCCCUACUACAGAACUCUCAACGGUUUCAUGACGUUGAUCGAGAAGGAAUGGGUUCAAUACAACUUCCCGUUCCUCAACAACCAGAGUCAGGCGAAUGGCAGCGGUGGCAGCGGCAACAGCUCCUCACCAAAUACAACACCGAGUUUGAGUGGAAGUAUCAGUGGUAGCGGUAGCUCCAGUAUCGAUCAGCAAGAUGUCCUCGCUCCGUGUGCUCUCUGUCAACAACAACAAACUCUCGUCGUUCCCGCAAGCCAUCUCCCUGAUGACCGGACUCGAGGAGUUGUACAUCGCCAACAACCACAUUCGUGA